GUGCUCUGGAGAUGGCGGCGCGACGAGUCCGAGCUCCCGGGAUGUGGUCGCCACUGCUGGUGCUCCUCGUCGUGUUGGCCGCCGUGGCAGCCGCCGCCGCCGCCGCCGGCGAGAGGGUGCCCCGAGCCGCCUUCGGCACGGCAGUCGGGGCCACCCGGCUGCGCCAGAACCAGACGCACACCACUCCCAGGCCAGAGCCGAAGAGCAAGCCGUGCACCAAGGACAGCGACUGCGAGACGAUCCGCAACACGACGUGCCGCGUCGACAGCGACGGCCACCGCCGCUGCCUGUGCGUCGACAAGGCCCCGCCAGACAACGGCCGCUGCCCCAAGCCGCGAUACUUUGGCCUGCGCUGGGCGUGUUCUGAGGACAGGGAGUGCCUGCCUUUCGGGGAGUGCACGACACCCAACAACACAGAGAGCAACAGUUCGACAGGCCGCGUGUGUCUCUGUAAGCCGGGACACCCCGAGACGGACGAUGAAGAAUGCAGCGGCUCUGGUCUGAGAGGCGGGUCGCUGCAGUUGGUAGCACUGGCGGGCGUUGCUGCAUUCGCCCUAGCUGCUGCCUUCUAAACGGUAGCUCCGACGCCGCCCAGAGCCGCUAACAUCUUCGUCGCAUCCUCAGUACUGCACGGGACAGCGUCCCCGCUCCUGCCUCCUAUGUGACUGAAGUACACACUGAAGCAACAUCAAUCUUCAUACACCGUAUCAAUGAUUACACGUAAAAAAUUACAAGGUGUCUAAUGCUAGAGAGCGUCUUCACGAUUACCACCGGUUCAAUAUUAUUUAUUGUCUCAAAAUAUUCAAUAUUUAUAAGAUACAGUAUUUUAGAAUAAUCGUUUGUAAAGUUUAUGGCAUGAAGCUUUCAAGAAAUCAUACGUUUGUGGCUAAACAAUAUUGUGAUAAUGUUGUGAACUCAUGACUCGCUUGGUUACUUUUAUUGUAUUAACGUUAAAAUCUUAUAAAAAAGGUAAAAUUUCUCUGGGUCCUCUAUCGGUUUUGUUAUGUUUAAUUGCCUUGAACUGAAUCUCCGAGUUCUUUUCAGUCUGAUUUCACAUAUUUACUCAUAUUCCAGAAAUGGUUCAUGCGGUGUAUGAAGGCUUAAGGUUUGGAAACAGCUGUCCUAAACAUAUUUAUUCAUUGUCUUAGUAGUAGUUUUGAUUAAUAAAUUUAUUUAUAAAAUUUAAAUCAGCUCAAGGCGUCUACGUGAAACGCCACUAAUUUAUUCAUUGCAACCCUAUUAGACGUCAUUACAUAGAUUCUCAAUGCUAAUUUUAGUGUUAAUAGCAUUGCCUACUGUAUUACAACUUCCGUUCUAGGUUUUAAUCGCCUCUCUUAUGGAUAAUUCUGGGUUAAAUAUGUUGUACUUGGGAAAGGGGGGCACAUUCGAAACAUCGAUUCCACUACACCUAUUUUUAAAAAAAUUCAAUGUGCACUGUCCAUUGCCAAAGAAAAUAUGAUCUCUGUUUCGGAAUUAAAUUCGCAUGCAUUGUGCGUGGAUUAUUUCUCUGUUUGUCUGUUCUCAGAUUUACCUUAUUUCAAACUUUAGAACACUAGGCGAAUAUCUUCUGACAUGCAAAACAGAUACGAAGUGAUCAUCAUUCAGGAUCUAUAAGAAUUGCGUUUCGUGACAUACAUAUGUCUUAAACCUAGUUUCUUUUAAAUGUUAUAGACGCAAUGUGCCAUACUGCACACAAUAAGACCCAAAGAGCAUUACCUCUUUUAUAUUCAUAAAAGAAAAUAAUGUGUCUUUGCUAAUUCAGUUUUUGUUGUUAGUGGAUGCCAGUUCAGUUAGAUUAGCCGAUCUAUCUUAAAUAUUUAUGUUAAUUUACAUAAAAUGUUAACAACUCGAAGAAUAGAUAGAAAUGAGUAGUUCUGUAAUUUUUUGUUCUCCCUGUCUGCAAAAAGAUACAUACAGAGAAAUAUUUAGCAGUGAUUCGGAGUUUCUUACAUUAUUCAUUGGACGCCAAUGAAAUGAAAGUAAGCGUAGAUACAUCGUCUGAAAUAGCAGGCUACUCAGGCAGAAGUGUAAGCUGUUCAAUCUUCCAACACUAACAUUUUUUCCUGCUAUAAGCCACAGCAUGCAUACGUGGUUGGCACUUCGCAAUGGAGACAUCAAAUUGGUGGAAACUGAAAACCAUGGAAAAGUAUUAAAGCGAUCAUGGUCAUUUGACAAGGGGAAGCAUAGCUCAAUAGAUCUGAAUAACUAAGAAACAAGAACAUGUAAGUACUACAGCCAUUUAGGAGUCGCUUACUUAAGACUGUCUGGGAAUGAUAAUGGAACGAAACAUUGCAGUAUGCCCUUGUUUAAAGGUGAAAUUCAGGAAUCAAGUGUUCUUUCAACAAUGCUGACAGAUCUCCAUACUUUGCCCUUUGUUGGCUGAAAAUGGGUCACCUUUAUAUAACAAUGCAAAGAUUUGUCUAAUGAACAUAAUGAGAGUAAGUGCAUUAAUGAACAUAAAAUAUUCUAUUUUUGAAAAUAAAAACUGUGACAAAAGAGUUCACAAAAUGCUCACAGUUCCUACAUUGCACUUCAGCGCAACAUUCGAAACACUACAGCCAAAUUUUUUCAUGCUAAAAUCGUCGAACGCAGAAACGAAAUGAUCUUUUGUGUACUACGUUUCAUCUUCUUGUCAUAACAUUUCACGUCUACAUGGAAAACAGCAAUCUUCCCACAACAUCAUGACCAUAGAAAUUCCUGUAACAAAUGAAAUUGUAAAAAAAGUCUGAAGUACUGUACUUACCUAUCUGAAGAGGAUAAAUGAGACAUAAUAUCCUUUUUGCACCUCUGAAAUAUUUUGCUGUAACAGAAACUUUCCAAAAAUUGCGAACUAGUUUUUUUAGUUGCAUUUGUAUUUCGAAACAAAAGAGUUUAAAGAAAUGCCAGUUCGCUGCUGCUGUGUAAGUAACAUUUACGAGCACAUAAUUAACAUUUUUGCAUGGGUGCUAAAUUAUUCUCACAAUCCCUUAUAACU